UCAGUGAAGUGGACCAGAAACCAACUGUUUCUUCGCAGUCGCAUGCUGCAGAAGACCAGAGGUGUUAACUCCUGGAACGCAUUUGUCAAAGCCCGACUCAAGGAUGAAAAUGAAGGUCAGUGCAGAGGCGAUCGCACAAAACUUACGGCCUUCAUCGCAGAAAACAAGGCCACGUUACUCCGAGAUUAUCGCAAGCUAACCUUCGCUGAAAAGCAAGCUUACAAUGCCUGUGUUCUCGAGGAUCGCCAAGAAAAGAACCGUACUGCACGUUCAAACCCAAAGGCCGUCAAACAUGAUGUGAAUGCAGCAUUCACAUCCAUGGAUCGUGAGGUACACACCACCACUAAUACAACUGAAAUUUAUCCUCAGUGGAUGGGUCUCCAUGCACGCACUGGUCUGGAGGGGUUUUAUGUGGCAGUACGCGGCGGAAUUGAAGAUCUUGCAGAACCGAAGAUUUUUUUUACAGAGAAAUCUCAAAAAUUUGUUCGGGACGUCCUAGGCAUUGAGCCACAGCAUCUCGGACUGAAGCUGGAAGCAUUCGUGAUUAGCAAGCUUGAUGAACAUGUAACACUUAACCGUCAACGGCCGCUCAACAAACUUAUUAGUGAAUGCCGUGAACUUAUCCAAGAUAACCUUGAAUUUAUCUUAAUGGAGAAGAACGUGUCAGGCAAAGUCAAAAUGAAUUAUACAAACUACGAGCGCGCUAUAGUAGAACGUCAUGGUGUUGAGCUAACUAAGUGGCCCUUGCCGGGGGGGGUAAAAAAUCCCUCGAAGGCUGGUGGAAGAGCGCAGGUUCAGGUUUUGUUAAAUGCUCUCAAGUCUGAUUCGUGCAAGUGGGUGUCUCUCUCAGACAAGGAGCUUGUCAAGAGGAUGAAGGAUAACCGGGAUCGGCAUGCACGUGGGGAACAAGUUUACGUGCAAAGGAAAGCCAGGGCUCGCAUCUCACAACCCAAGAGUAAAGCCACUGUCAACACCGAUGACGAGUUGAGCUCGAGCUCAAGCUCAAGCUCAGACUCGGAUUCGGACUAG